AUGGCGGAUUCUCUCUCUUCUUCCGUGGCUUCUCUCCGAUCAUCGCUACAGCUGCUCGAGUCGUCUAUCGACAUUCUCGACUCGGGCGUCAACGACUUUCCCAGACUGGCCAAAGUCUUGCAGACGACGCGGCAUUUCGAACUCCUUCCUGAACCGACUCUGCGCGAGGCACAACAGGCGCUCUUGAACGAAAUCACUCCAAGCAUUGCACACCUGCUCUCCCUCGCCUCAAACUAUGUGGAACGGCUUGAACGUCGGGCGGACUCUCUGCGGGCGAAAUGCCAGCUGCAGGAAGGCAGGAUGUCAGAGCCAAGUCAUAGUCAUAGCGGCGGCCGCGGCAGUGGCAGUGGCAGCGGUGCGAGUCGACGGAUCGGCACCACCCAGAUGUCAAGCGAUGCGAGUGCAAAAGCUGCCGAAUUGAGGAAACUCGUCCAAAAGAAGGAACGGUUGAAGUACGCUGUGGACAGACUCGAGCUGCAGAGUCGCCAAAGAGAGCGAGAAUUGAGGAAGACCCACGCGACAAUUGCCACUAAUUUUGGAGUGGCGUUGUCAAAUUCGCUCUCCUGGGCUGCAUCUGGCUCUUUGUAUCUUGCCAAUCACGCAUUGGCUAUGCUCUCCAAUAUGCAAUCCAGGUGUGAAAGCCACCCUACAACGAGCCAUCAAGGGCCAUCCGACGUGUCUCCGCCCAAUUUGAAGGAACUGCGAGGAUUAGAUGAGACAAAGGGAGGAGAUACAAAAUCCUUAGCCGAUCCUUUGAGUGGUGAAUCAUCUAUGGGCCGAAUUUCAAGUUAUUUUGAAUCUCAGAUCAAUGAUGGUGAUGGUGAUGGAUAA